CCGAUCGCCGGAUCAUCCAAACCAUCUCCCCUCGCCGCCCGGCCGCCCGCGCCCUCUUUUUGGAGCCUUGCGCCGCGGCCCUUCCCCCUGUCCGAAUCCGCCUCGACGUGUCCGCCUCCUCCCUCCCCUCCCCGUGCGCUCGCCUUUUGGUGCGCUCUUGGUAUCUAUGCUCGACUCCCGUGCCCUCCCCCGCCUCCUCCUCCUCAUCUCUGCGGCUCUGCCACGCUUCCUUCCUCCUGUCUUGCGUGCUUCUUCGCCCGUCCACUCCGCUUCGAUCUCUUGGCUGGCGGCAUUGCGUGCGGGGGCGUGACGAUGUCGUCGGCGGUGGAGGCGGCCAUCUCCUGCUCCAAGGUAGACGUCCCCGCGGCGCCGGAGCCGGAGGAGGCCAAGGCCAAGAACGCGGCGGCGGAGCACGGCGGCGACGCGGCGAACGGCGAGGCGACGCCGCCGCCGCCGCAUUGCCACGAGGACGAGGAGGACGAGGAGGAGGCCCCCAAGGUCAUCGACCUCGGCCCCCGCGUCAGCAUCAAGGACCAGCUCGAGAAGGACAAGGACGACGAGAGCCUGCGGCGGUGGAAGGAGCAGCUCCUCGGCAGCGUGGAUUUGAACUCCGUCGGAGAGACGCUGGAGCCGGACGUGAAGAUAAUGAGCCUGUCGAUCCUGUCCCCCGGCCGCCCCGACAUCUUCCUGCCGCUGCCGGUGGAGCCCAACGCCAAGGGCGUGUGGUUCACCCUCAAGGAAGGCUCUCCCUACCGGCUCAAGUUCACCUUCUCCGUCAGCAACAACAUCGUCUCCGGCCUCCGCUACACCAACACCGUCUGGAAGACCGGCCUCAAAGUUGACAGGGCCAAGGAGAUGCUCGGCACGUUCAGCCCCCAGCUGGAGCCCUACACCUACGUGACGCCGGAGGACACCACACCGUCUGGAAUGUUCGCCCGGGGUUCCUACUCUGCCAGGACCAAGUUCCUCGACGACGACCGGAAGUGCUACCUGGAGAUCAACUACACCUUCGACAUCCGCCGGGAGUGGCCGUCGACGAGCUGAUCACUCGUUGGGUUCAGAGCAGAUCACUUGUUUCGUUUGUGUGUUCCUUCUUUUUUUUGCCUGUUCCGUUGGGUUCGUGCCGUCUUCCCUAGGUUUGUAUUCGUCCUGUGUGACUGCGCGUGUGUGAAUAUCGUUUCCUUCUGUUUUGUCAGUUGGCUGUUGUGUUGGCAACGUCCGCAGACGGGUUCAGUGAGGUCGGUUGUCCAUCGGUGUGGGCGUGUUGAACUUGUGUCCGGGUCUCGUUUCCAAACUGCCUGUUGAAUUCAGAGCGAUGGAAUGGAGCUGCUUUCUACGUAAUGCACUCUUGACAGGGCUUUGUUUUGUAA